AUGGAAGAGACGAGUAAGGCGACGAGAACCCGUGGUGGAGGCACCUUUACUGAUCCAGAUGCGAUUCAACUGCAUGCCAAUGACUUCUCUUGGGAGGAAAAAAUGGAAGAGCUAAGCGAGGAAGAGCGAAGACUAGUGCAAAAUUAUCUCCGUGUCUCUGAGCAAAAGUUAAUGGAAUUGGGUACAAGGAGCACAGCUACAAGUUCACCAACUGAGGAAUGUAAAAGUAAUACAUGGGAUUCACAUUACCAGGUAAACAAAUGUCACUUCCCAUUAAAGAAUUACAUUAGUCUGGCCUUUCCAUUGAUAAAGAAGAUAUGUUCUUCUGUACCUCAAACAGAGCGUCGUUAUAUUCUUGAAUGCGGUUGUGGAACUGGAAGUACGCUUUUGCCGUUAAUGAGGCAGUUUGGAAAAAAUGUACACUUCAUAGCUUUUGAUGUUUCUGAGAGGGCGGUAUCCGUGCUUUUGGAGCAUCCCAUUUCUAAUGAGUUUAUUGAGGACAAGCGCCUGACAGCUUUUACCCAUGACAUUUCAUCUACACGCGAAUGGUCCGCGGAAGGUCCAGAAAAAACACGCGCUCGGAAAGAAUCUGGAGUGUUGAAAAGUGUCCUCUCAAAACGGGUCUCAUCUUAUGAAAAUGGUGUCGAUGUCAUCCUGCUUGUGUUUGUUCUUUCUUCGUUACCAUCGUUGGAAUCCAUGUUGUGUGCUUUGAAGGAACUUGCAAGCGUUCUUAGGCCUGAAGGCGUUCUCUUCUUUCGCGACUAUGCCGUUCCCGAUCAUAAUUUGUUCCGCUUUACAAGGCAGGGCAACGAACUAACCAACAGUUUAAGUUUCCGUAAGGGAGAUGGUACGCUGCAAAUGUUUUUUGAGACAAGUUUUAUAAGAAAAUUGUUUGCAAUGGUCGGACUUGAAGAAGUGGACGGACAUGGUCUAAAUUAUCACUGCAAUCGUAUAGUAAAUCGAAAAAAUGGUAAGAAAAUGGAUAAAAUCUUUAUAAAUGGUAGUUUUCGUCUCUCUUCAAGAUGA